GUCUUCACAACCGCUAUAUCCCUCGAGACCUCAGUGGCCAGCUCAAAACGGCCAGCUCAUAUUCCAGUCAUGACCAGCACUCGAGAACAAAUUGAACGUGCCAUCGUCCAAAUACAACACAAGGAUCCCCUUCCAGAGAUUGACUUCACGCAGCAUCAGCUAGAGAAUGGCUUCACUAUCAGUACGCAGGAGCGUGUCGUGAAGGAGGUGCAAGCACCUGCCAUGACAAUCCCAACGGAUGCUCAAUUUUUCUCGCGCGAAGACCCAACGAAGCCGGACAUAGCGUUCCUGAAGAAUCACUUUUACCGUGAAGGCCGGAUAUCAGAGGAGCACGCUACGUAUAUUUUGGAGAAGGCAACAGAGCUGUUACGCGCGGAGCCGAACCUCUUGUAUGUGGAUGCUCCGGUGACUGACCUCAUUGUAGUUUGCGGCGAUAUACAUGGCCAAUAUUAUGACCUCAUGAAACUGUUCGAGCUCGGAGGCAGUCCUGCUACGACCCGUUACCUAUUCCUCGGCGACUAUGUCGACAGAGGCUACUUCAGUAUAGAGUGUGUCUUGUAUUUGUGGUCUCUCAAGAUCUGGUACCCGGACACGCUUUUUCUUCUACGCGGUAACCAUGAGUGUCGCCAUUUGACGGACUACUUCACCUUUAAGCUCGAAUGCAAACGCAAGUAUUCGGAGCGUCUUUACGACGCUUGCAUGCAAUCAUUCUGCGCGUUACCGUUGGCCGCAAUCAUGAACAAGCAGUUCUUCUGUAUCCAUGGCGGCCUUUCCCCCGAGCUACAAACGCUGGAUGAUAUCCGCAACAUUGAUCGAUUCCGUGAGCCACCAACCCAGGGUCUCAUGUGCGACAUUCUAUGGUCCGAUCCUGUGGAAGACUUUGGUCAAGAGAAAAUGGGCGAAAGCUUUGUGCACAAUCAUGUCCGGGGAUGCUCCUACUUCUUCACUUACCAGGCUGCAUGCCAGUUCCUUGAGCGGAACAAGCUUCUCUCCAUCAUUCGGGCACACGAAGCACAGGAUGCUGGCUAUCGGAUGUACCGCAAGACGAGAACAACGGGCUUCCCCUCCGUGAUGACGCUUUUCUCUGCACCAAACUAUCUCGACGUGUACAAUAACAAGGCCGCAAUUCUCAAGUAUGAGAGCAACGUUCUUAAUAUUCGACAAUUCAACGCCACGCCGCACCCAUACUGGCUCCCCAACUUUAUGGAUGCGUUCACAUGGAGCUUGCCUUUCGUGGGCGAGAAGAUCACGGACAUGUUACUUGCGAUGUUGAAUUGCUGCUCGAAGGAGGAGCUAGAAGAGAGUUCAGAUGAGGAGACGGAGGUUGUCGUGUCGCCUCCGCCCACUCACUCUGAAGACUCUCACGAGCGGCGGAAGGUCAUCAAAAACAAGAUCCUUGCUGUCGGGAGGAUGUCCAGGGUGUUUGCAUUGCUACGUGAGGAGUCCGAGAAGGUGUCAGAGCUCAAGAGUAUUUCUGGCUCAGGCAAGCUGCCAUAUGGCACAUUGGCUCUUGGUGCGGAAGGCAUCAAGGAUGCUAUCACUGGAUUUGAGGAUGCCCGCAAGUCGGACAUCGAAAACGAGCGCCUUCCUCCAGACCUGUACGAUGCUGACUCAACAGAAGGCAAGGCGAUCCUGUCAUCCGGGCCAUCAACGCCCGAAGGCACUCCUGCUUCUCCGCCGCCCGCAAAUGGCGUGGCAGCAGCGCUCGAGGAGGCUAUUAUCAGUGGUUCCACGCCCUCGUCUGUCAGCAGCCAGGGUCCGAGCACACCUAUCUCCCCAACCUCUCCAACUGCAUCCAUCCCGACGACACCAUUCAGACGUGGGCAUGGGCGCCAAGCAAGUCUUGGUACGACCAUGACCAGUCCGAGUACGCGUCGGAGGAGCAUCGAAAGCACCAUGUCUCUCAUCAAGGAGGUGGUCGACUCGAAAGUGCCGCUGCAAGAUCCGGAGCUCAUUCGCCUGGCGGAAUCGAUUGCCGGGCAGGGUUCGCCGCGGAAUGGCACCCCGUCUGCGCGCAGCUGAGAGGUCUGGCAGACGAGAGGGACAAUAUAGUAGCAUUGGGAGAGGCGUCGACGGACGUGUAUAUCCGGGUAGGCUCGUGUUUUCACGUUUGUGGCAACCUGUCCAUGUAUUUUCUGCGCUUGUGGCGUAAUCUGGCUUUAUUCGGAGGG